GUAACCACAGUUGCCUGGCAGUGAUUCAGGACCUCCACCUCAUCACCAAGAGAUUUACAUCUAUAUAUAUAAAAAUCUAUCAGUGCGUUUUUCUGCUGACAGCUGCGUCCACUGGACUACAGUGUCCAGUCUUUUCUGCAGGAUUUGAAGGGGAUAUUGCCAUUAUCAGAUCAUUUGAUGGCAGAAUGCUGCAGGUGUGCAGUGUGUUCGAUUGCAAGCCAAAGGCACUGACCAUCUUUCCUGUAAAAAGAACAAAAACACAAUACGAGGUUAACUGAAUUUGUGGAUGAUCUGACUUCCAUUAGUCUCCCUUUACAGUGAUGAUAAAAUAUGUUUGUGAGAACAGACAAUUUCAUGGCAGAGGUUUCCGAAUGAGUGGAUCAUGAGGAACAUACUUUAGGGACUUGCCAUAGUAUGGCUGCUUCUCGAUCUACUCGUGUCACAAGAUCAACAGUGGGGUUAAAUGGUUUGGAUGAAAAUUUUUGUGGCAGAACUUUAAGAAACCGUAGCAUCGCUCACCCAGAGGAAGUUUCUUCUCUUCCGCAAGUACGAUCCAGAUCUCCAAAGAAGAAACCAGAAUCUCUGCAGACACAGAAGGGAAAUAACAGUGGAAGAACAACUGAUACAAAGCAGCAGAGCUCUAGGGAAUCAUGGGUAAGCCCUAGAAAAAGGGGACUGUCUACUUCGGAAAAGGAUAGUAUUGACAGGCAGAUUGUGGAGAAUUGUGAGAAGAAGCAAGUGGAACCUGUCUCACCAGUUUUAAAGCGAGUUAAGCGCUGCCUACGCUCAGAGGCACAAAAUACUUCAGAAGAAGUGCUGCCCUCUAAAACAGCAAAGGAACGAUUGGAGCGCAAAAGCUCACAAUCGGACAAUGUUGCAGUCUCUCCAGGCACUAAACGAGCUUGUCGCUAUCUUAUACUGGACAAUGGUGAUAAAGGGGAAGUUAAAAAAGUGAAUGUGUGUACAGAAAGGUGUAACAGUUCAGUAUCUGAAGAACUCGUAGGAUGUCAGACUGUCAAUGGAAUUGAUGGGAAAGAUUCAGAUGCUAUCAAGUGUGACAGUCAGCUUGAUGGGAAUACUUCACAGCACAAUGCUGAUUCCUGUUCAUCCAAGGAAAAAUCUGUAGCAGAAAAUGGCAAUUCACUGUCCCAUUCUUCAUUUUUUCUUAACAGAAGUAAGGAGGACAGUUUUAUAGACCACAGUGUGCCUUGCACAAACCUACAAGAACAGUUAAAGUUAGAGGACCACAAACAAUUAAACAACUCUUUGCCUGAGGAACCUGCUAAUCAGGCGCAUGAGUCAGGUACGGGUAAAGGGUCCUUUUCUGAAACCCAUUCAUCUUUAUUAAGGGAUUCUGAGGAGGAAGUAGAUGUAGUGGGGGAUAGUAGUGCCUCAAAGGCUGCUGAAAAUACCAACAGCAACUUGGACAACUGUCAUGACAGUACAUCAAUCUCAGGUGAACUUGAACCACCAGUUUCUGUGUUGGACUGUAUUUCAACCCAAAUUGCAUCAGCAUCAGAACCUCAAGAACACAGAUAUGUUCUGAGAACAUCACCAUGGAGGGUAGGCUCAGCCAAAGGUAGCCCUACUAAAAAUCACUCUCCAUGUAGAGAAAAUGGACAGCCUGAGGAAAUCAAUCAUAGUGCCCCUGUGAAGAAUGUAGAAUCAAGUAUUACUAAUAUCAAUGGAUCUUCUGUAAACACAGAAAACAUUCAGAGAGAGAAAGAAAACGUUUGUGAUUCUGGGGACUGUGUAGAGGAAAAACUAAGCAAACCAUCUGGAGAGGCUAGACUUGUUACUGGAUCGUUAUCAUCUGCCAAAGAGAGUGCCAAUCUUCAUGCUGUAGAGGAUGAGGAGGAAGAGCCUGAUGUGUAUUUCUUUGAAUCAGAUCAUGUGGCAUUGAAACACAACAAAGAUUAUCAGAGACUGUUACAGACGAUUGCAGUACUCGAGGCACAGCGUACUCAAGCAGUUCAAGAUCUUGAGAGUUUAGGGAGACACCAGAGAGAAGCACUGAAAGAUCCCAUUGGAUUUGUGGAAAGACUCCAAAAGAAGGUUGAUAUAGGGCUUCCUUACCCACAGAGAGUUGUUCAGCUGCCAGAGAUAUCAUGGGACCAAUAUACAACAAGUCUUGGAAAUUUUGAGCGAGAAUUCAGAAACCGAAAACGUAACAGUAGACGAGCAAAGCUUAUUUUUGAUAAAGUUGGUUUACCUACAAGACCAAAAAGCCCUUUGGAUCACAGAAAGGAUGGUGAGGCCACUUCAUACUCUGUAUUGCCUUUUAGUGAUUGUCCAGAAGCUUCAACAAACAACCGUCCACAGCAGAUGAUAAGAGGGCGAUUUUACGAUGAGACCAAACCUGAAACAUUUAACCAGCUGUGGACUAUAGAAGAACAGAAAAAACUUGAACUGUUGCUCUUGAAGUAUCCUCCAGAGGAGGUAGAGUCUCGUCGGUGGCAGAAGAUUGCAGAUGAGCUAGGAAACAGAACAGCAAAGCAGGUUGCCAGUAGAGUGCAAAAGUAUUUCAUAAAAUUGACUAAAGCAGGUAUUCCAGUUCCAGGUAGAACUCCAAACUUGUAUUUGUACUCCAAAAAGUCAUCAAGUAGACGGCAACAUCCUCUGAACAAACAUCUCUUCAAGCCCUCAACUUUCAUGACAUCCCAUGAACCCCCUGUGUAUAUGGAUGAGGAUGAUGACAGGUCCAGUUUUCAUAGCCACAUGGGCAAUACAGCUGAGGAAGAUGUAUCGGAUGAAGAAAGUAUUCCUGUAGCAUACCGUGAAUUACCAGAAUACAAAGAGCUGCUUAAACUAAAAAAAUUGAAGAAAAAGAAACUGCAGCAGAUGCAUGCAGAAAGUGGCUUUGUGCAGCACAUAGGCUUCAAGUGUGAUAACUGUGGCACUGAACCCAUCCAAGGAAUUCGGUGGCACUGCCAAGAUUGCCCUUCAGAAAUGUCCUUGGAUUUCUGUGAUUCUUGUUCUGACUGUCUCCAUGAAACAGAGAUUCACAAGGAAAAUCACCACUUGGAGCCUAUUUACAGAUCAGAGAUGUUCUUAGACAGAGACUACUGCAUGUCCCAAGGUGCCAGUUAUAAUUACCUUGACCCCAACUACUUUCCUGCAAAUAGAUGACAUGGGAAGCGAAUGACAACUUGAAAGCUUAGGAUCCUCUUUGAAAACCGACAGUGGCACUGCCGCUGAUUCAGUUCCCACUUUGGAAAGAUGCUUGCUUUCCCUCUGGAGGAAUGUCACUCACAGCAUGAGAGCUUCCCAGGCACCCUCAUCACACUAUUGCUCUCUGAUCUGUCAUGAUUCUAGAUCAUUGAACAGAGGCUGAUCAUUCCUAGUGUGCGGGAGGUUUUACUUUCACCACGUUAGUCAUUUUUAGGUGGUGAGUCUAAAGAGAGGUGUUAAAAAAAAAGUCUGGCCAGAAAUGAAAUCACACAUUAAAGAUGGUCAGUUCUAAAGGUGGUAAAGAACUUGGCUAUUAGGAGAUGUGGAAAUGAUGAAGUACUUACAUUAAAAACAGUUUAGUGGUUUGCAGUUUUGUUGUGAAAUAGUUUUCAGCACAGAAACUGACUUUUUUAGGCGAGGUUUUAACCGAUGACAGUGUUUGCUUCUAGGUCGUAUUCAAACAAUCACUGUCCCUGUGAUGGUCAGUAACAGGCCUGUAUUAAAUUGGAGCUGCUUAAUCCCAUUGACACUUUUAUUUUUCUUUCUUUUUCUUUUCACCACAAGAUACUUUUAUUUACCAACAGUCAAGCACUACAGGUGGCAAUGGUGGCAUUGCUCCUUAUCCAGCUCAUGGUGUGUGAAUAUUAUAAAAUUGUCAUGCAGAUAUAUUUUUAAAUGUAAUGUUAUAUAAGAUGACCAUGUGAUGUGUACAAAAAUAUGGUGAAAAGUGCCAGUGGUAGUAACUGUGUAAAGUCUUUUAUAACCCAACAUUAACUCUGAUUAAGAAAAUACACAGCCUUCUGCCUCUGUAUAUGGAGUUGGUGAUACAACUCAUCAAAGAAAACUGCCUAAUAUAAAUCAUAUAUGGUAAUAAUUUUCCUCUUUUGUAGUAUGCACAAGAUCCAUGAGAGAUUGUAUUUUUAUUACUAUUUAAACAAGUGAUUAAAUUUAGCCUGAGCAGUGAGCACGGGUUCACAUGCAUUCUUUUAUACUGCUGGAUUUCGUUGUGCAUCAUUUAAAACAUUUUGUAUGUUUCUUCUUAUCUGUGUAUACAGUAUGUUCUUAAAUAAUGUUCAAUUGUCAGGAGAACUGUGAGAAAUAAACUAUGUGGAUACAGUCUGUUUAUAUAUAGAAUGCUUACUGUGGCUUUUUUCUGACUUUUGAACCAAAAUUAAAAUUGAGAGUACCAUUUAGUUCAUAAAGCCAGUGGGCGCCUGAUUCUGUUGGUGCUCAGUGUGUCCUUCUGAUCUUCUCCUGCUCUGUUUGCUCACUCUGUUCCAGGAUUAGUCUCCAAUACAUUGAUCUUAUCAAAUCUACCCAAUUCACAACCCCAAGUAUGCUCCAAAAUGCAGAUGGAAUUCUUGUGUGCAUGCUGUUCCAUUCACUUUUGAAGGACUGGAUUGUACACCUAGAACAAUCUUCAUGAAGAGCUGUUUUCUGUACUGAAAUGACUGGGGCAGCUCUUGUGAUUGCAUGUGAGAGCUAUUCAUGUCUCUAAGAAAUCAUUUGAUCACAACUAUUUCAUGGAAGUACAUAUAGCUGAAAUCAAGAAAACUUCCAUGUAAUGUGGUCAUGAUCAUGGUAUGCAUUUCCUUGUAUUCUUUUUACAAAUGCUGUUGUGCCCUAACUCCCAGACAAACAGACAUUUUGUAUGCUUUACUAGCCUCAAAAUAGCAGUAAUUAGGAAGCUUUGAAAUAUUUGUGAUAUAUUUUUAGUUAAUAUAUCAUUAUGACCUGUAUUACUUGUGAUUUCAGAAAUGCUGAUUAUUUUAACUGUAAUAGAUUUCUAUUUGCUUAAACAAAACUUGAAUUUUCAGAAUAACUUAGCCUAAGUGUUGAAUUUAAGCCUCAGCAGUAACUAACAAAGAAUUGGCUGGUACAUUGAUAGCUUUAAUAUCAGUUUUUAAUCACAGUGUUAAUUUUCACAGUGUUUGUUCAGGUGAAAUCACUUUUUUGUUAGAGGAGUUUAAGCAUUUUUUAAUAUAUUGGCUAGAUGAUGCAGUACCAUUUCUAUAUGACUGAGCAGUAUAAUACAUCGUUUGUAAGCAUAUCUCAUUCUUUGAGAAAUUUAAUAAACCAAAAAAUAUACAAUGUAAAAGAAUACACCUGAUGUAUUUCACGUUUCUCUUUUAUGGAAGCAAAACAAAAUUGCUUUGGGGAAGUAAAAUCACUAUUAUGCAAAUAAAAAAUAUUUUUUCA